AUGGCAGCAGCAAUGGAAACAGAACAGCUGGGUGUUGAGAUAUUUGAAACUGCAGAGUGUGAGGAGAAUAUUGAAUCACAGGACCGACCUAAAUUAGAGCCCUUUUACGUUGAACGGUAUUCCUGGAGUCAGCUUAAAAAGCUGCUUGCUGAUACCAGAAAAUAUCAUGGCUACAUGAUGGCUAAGGCACCACAUGAUUUUAUGUUUGUGAAGAGGAAUGAUCCAGAUGGGCCUCAUUCAGACAGGAUCUAUUAUCUCGCCAUGUCUGGUGAGAACAGAGAAAAUACUCUAUUUUAUUCUGAAAUUCCCAAAACCAUCAACAGAGCAGCAGUAUUAAUGCUUUCUUGGAAGCCUCUUUUGGAUCUUUUUCAGGCAACACUGGACUAUGGAAUGUAUUCUCGAGAAGAAGAACUAUUAAGAGAAAGAAAACGCAUUGGAACAGUUGGAAUUGCUUCUUAUGAUUAUCAUCAAGGAAGUGGAACUUUUCUCUUUCAAGCUGGUAGUGGAAUUUAUCAUGUAAAAGAUGGAGGACCACAAGGAUUUACCCAACAACCUCUACGGCCCAAUUUAGUGGAAACUAGUUGUCCCAACAUACGGAUGGAUCCAAAAUUAUGCCCUGCUGAUCCAGACUGGAUUGCUUUUAUACAUAGCAAUGAUAUUUGGAUUUCCAACAUUGUAACCAGAGAAGAAAGGAGGCUCACCUAUGUGCACAACGAACUAGCCAAUAUGGAAGAGGAUCCCAGAUCAGCUGGAGUUGCUACUUUUGUUCUUCAAGAAGAAUUUGAUAGAUAUUCUGGCUAUUGGUGGUGUCCAGAAGCUGAAACAACUCCUAGUGGCGGUAAAAUUCUUAGAAUUCUAUAUGAAGAAAAUGACGAAUCUGAGGUUGAAAUUAUUCAUGUUACAUCCCCUAUGUUGGAAACAAGGAGGGCAGAUUCAUUCCGUUAUCCUAAAACAGGCACAGCAAAUCCAAAAGUCACUUUUAAGAUGUCAGAAAUAAUGAUUGACACUGAAGGAAGGAUUAUAGAUGUCAUAGAUAAGGAACUAAUUCAACCUUUUGAGAUCCUAUUUGAAGGAGUUGAAUAUAUUGCCAGAGCUGGAUGGACUCCAGAGGGAAAAUAUGCUUGGUCCAUCCUACUAGAUCGCUCCCAAACUCGCCUACAGAUAGUGUUGAUCCCGCCUGAAUUAUUUAUCCCAGUAGAAGAUGAUGCUAUGGAAAGACAGAGACUCAUUGAGUCAGUGCCUGACUCUGUGACACCACUGAUUAUCUAUGAAGAAACAACAGACAUCUGGAUAAAUGUAUGCAUUUUUUCCUAUACUUGGCUAAGUGAUUUCAAGUGUCCUAUCAAAGAGGAAAUAGCAAUUACCAGUGGUGAAUGGGAAGUUCUUGGCCGGCAUGGAUCUAAUAUCCAGGUUGAUGAAAUCAGAAGGCUGGUAUAUUUCGAGGGCACCAAAGACUCCCCUUUAGAACAUCACCUGUAUGUGGUCAGUUAUGUAAAUCCUGGAGAGGUGACAAGGCUGACCGACCGUGGCUAUUCCCAUUCUUGCUGCAUCAGCCAGCAUUGUGACUUCUUUAUAAGUAAGUAUAGUAACCAGAAGAAUCCACACUGUGUGUCCCUUUACAAGUUAUCAAGUCCUGAAGAUGACCCAACUUGCAAAACAAAGGAAUUUUGGGCCACCAUUUUGGAUUCAGCAGGUCCUCUUCCUGACUAUAUCCCUCCAGAAAUUUUCUCUUUUGAAAGUACUACUGGAUUUAGAUUGUAUGGGAUGCUGUACAAGCCUCAUGAUCUACAACCUGGAAAGAAGUACCCCACUGUGCUGUUCAUCUAUGGUGGUCCUCAGGUUCAGUUGGUGAAUAAUCGGUUUAAAGGAGUCAAGUAUUUCCGCUUGAAUACCCUAGCCUCUCUGGGUUAUGUGGUUGUGGUGAUAGACAACAGGGGAUCCUGUCACCGAGGGCUUAAAUUCGAAGGCGCAUUUAAAUAUAAAAUGGGUCAAAUAGAAAUUGAUGAUCAGGUGGAAGGACUUCAGUAUCUAGCCUCUCGAUAUGAUUUCAUUGACUUAGACCGUGUGGGCAUCCAUGGCUGGUCCUAUGGAGGAUACCUCUCCCUGAUGGCAUUAAUGCAGAGGUCAGAUAUCUUCAGGGUUGCUAUUGCUGGAGCCCCAGUCACUCUGUGGAUCUUCUAUGACACAGGAUACACGGAACGUUAUAUGGGUCACCCUGACCAGAAUGAACAAGGCUAUUACUUAGGAUCUGUGGCCAUGCAAGCAGAAAAGUUCCCCUCUGAACCAAAUCGUUUACUACUCUUACAUGGAUUCUUGGAUGAAAAUGUCCACUUUGCACACACUAGUAUAUUACUGAGUUUUUUAGUGAGGGCUGGUAAGCCAUAUGAUUUACAGAUCUAUCCUCAGGAGAGACACAGCAUAAGAGUUCCUGAAUCCGGAGAACAUUAUGAACUGCAUCUUUUGCACUAUCUUCAAGAAAACCUUGGAUCACGUAUUGCUGCUCUGAAAGUGAUAUAAUUAUGACCUACGUAGAACUCUGGUGUACACUGGCUGUUUAACCAAAUGAGGAGGUUUAAUUAAUAGAGAACACAGAAUUGAUCAUCACAUUUUGGUACCUGCUACAUAACAUCUAUUUCUGAAAGUAAAUUUGGUGCCAUGCAGGUGUCUGCCGCUUGUAGAUAGUAAUCUAAUAACUUAACCAUACACAUACAAAAUUGAAUGGUACAUAUUUCUAAGGGACCUGGCAAUACCAGGAGAAUUACUGAAAGAAAUAAGACAUUAGCACCACAUAUCCAUACUACCCUAUUUUCACUUUUAAUAGCAUUAUAAACCUCAUGGACUUAAUUAGUGUAUUUUUACAGUAUACUUCUGAAUUUGUUAAAAUAUGAUGAUAUACUGAUUGGUUUGGUUCAAUUCCAGAACCUCUGACUAGUUACCAAUUUGAUAAGCACUUAAAUGUAAUUGAAUAGCUUAUGCUUCAUUGCUUAGGGUGUAUCCAGCAUGUUAUGAACUAAUCACUAUUAAACCUGUGACUUUACCAGUCAUUAAUGAUUUUUCAAGGAUAACUUAGUGGCUUCCUAAAGACACUUACUUUGGCUCUGACCAGUUUUUAGCCAAUUUAAACUAUCUAGUAUAAAUAAUUCUCAUUUUUCUUUGGUAAUGUGACAGAGUGGGUUUUUUCCUUUCACAUAAAGGCAAGUAACUGUAUAUGUAGCGUGGAUUUAAUUAGUCUUAUGAUAUCAUUAAUUACAGAUGGAAAAGUUUUAAUCAAAUGAUUAGAGCUUAAAUAUUUUCAGGCAAGUUAUUAUUAUUAUUAUUUUUACUUUAAGAAAAGGAAAAAGUACACAUUCACCUGUAUUCUUCAGAAAACUUAGUGGUGCCAGUUUCCAUUCAGUAUUUUCUUAUUAAAAUAUUCCAGAGUUUUAGGGAGGUGGAAGGGAAUCACGGUGGGGUGUGGGAGACCAGGGUGUGGGGAAGAAGGUGGUGAGGGUCUGCUUAAGAAUUAAGCAGAAGUAUUUUUAACAAAAAUACUCAUGAAAAAGUUUGGGAAAUAAAAUUUAAACUCCUAGAAUGUUAGUUGAGGAAACCAGAAUUACAUCACUCUGUUGCCAACACAGCUACAGACUAACAUGGUCAGGAGAGGAAAAGUUCCUUAGAGUUACUUUCAUAAUUCCAAAAUUUGUUAUUUUUCCUCUUAAUUUUGGAAACCUUACAGAUUUAAACUUUAUCCUUUUAAAAUAAUUUGAACAUAAUUUACGUAUUGUGAUCUUAAAAUGAAAAGAUUUCCAGACAACCUCUUUACUGUAAGCUAAUCCCCACAAGCCAUGGCUCUCUUUUUCAGUGUUUAAAGCCUAUAAACAGUUUUCUUGAGUUGUAACAACAAAGAUCAUGGGUUUGGAUCCCUGUAUCUCACACACACACACACACACACACACACACACACACACACACACACACACACACACACACGAGUUUUCUUGUUUUCUUGAAAGGCUAUGACAUUUUCCUCAUUUAGCCCUAACACUUGACUAUGAGGGAAGUUCAUAGGCUGAUUAGGAUCUGCCCUCUUAGAGUCUUGGGGUGCUAGAUCACUCACAUUGGAGCCAGUGGCAGGGAAGGUAUCUGAGUUUGAUUCUUUUUAUCACAAGCUUCAGUAUUUGUUACCAGUACUUUUAAACAACUCUUCAAGAAAAAUUGCUCUAUUUCUUUCUCGCCACUAUAGCAAGAGUAGAUUUCUGCCAUGGAGAGCCACAACCUCCAUUAGUAAGGAUGGUUACUGUGUGUCAGAGGUGUACUCAUCAUUGAGGGCCAGGUGGGAUGUGGGGGAAACCCAGAAAUGGCAGGGUGACCUGGUGGUUCUGUCCUUGGAAAGGGGAUUGGAUUUUGCUGUUUGUGUAUUUAUACUGUAUAAUAGAUACCGUAUUUUUCCUUAUUGUCUGUAUAUGUAUUGAUUUUCAUGUUUAUGGUAUUUUCCCAUGCCGCGAUUUUAUAUUUUUUCAAUGUUAAAUUAAAUUGAUUUGGGUAACUUUUCUUCCCCAAAAAAGUAUUUUCCCCUUUGACUUAAGUAUAUAUAUCUGACCUGUUGAGGGUGGUUUUUUUGGGGUCUAGUUGGCCUCCAAGGAUCUAUCCUUAAAUUAUAUGCAAAGUAGGAAUGGUAUACAGUAGCUUUUAGACAGCCACUCAUUUGAAACAUCUUACCCAUUAAGGCUAUUUUUUCAAAAUGGCAUCUCUUACCAAAACAAAGCUUAGAAAACCUCAUGUACUCUUGAAUUCACAGGUGUUUUUCUUUUGUAUCUUGCCUUCCCCUUUCUUCCUAUCACAAGGAAUGUUUCUGUUGUAACUCCUAGUCACUUAAAUGCCAUUCAGCUUCUUUAGGGGGAAAAAAUGUCUGACUGAAUUCACUAGUGGAAAGAAGGCUUGACUAAAUUUGGUUUUUUAUAGCCAAUGUGGAAGACAUCAUAGUCUCGAAGCAAUCAGUAGAAAUCUCACUAAAACUGUUUGUACCCUGAUUAUGGGUAACAACUUAAAAGGCAAGGGUAUAUAAAAGUAACAACAGUUUGUGAGAACCAAAAAGCACUAGGUUAAACAUCAAACUUGGUUUUUGCAGGCUUAAUAAAUGGGUGCACUUGAACAAUAAUCAUCAACAGAUAUAGUUACUUGAGCAUUGUAGAGCAGUGGAGUUCAAAAUCCAAGAUUCAUCUGGGAUGCUUACUAAAAGAAAUGCGAAGUCUUGAAACUCACUCUUAGAGAUUUGUAUUCCAUUGAUUUGGGUGAAGACCAGGAAUGUGCAUUUGUAACAAGCUUUCCAGGUGACUCAAAAGCAAGUCAUCUGUAGACGACUCUAAGAAACUCUUCUAUAGAAAGUGAAGUUGGAAUAAAAAAAUAAUAGGUGAUUUUUAUACUGGACUGCUUUACAAGAACUUCAAACAAUAGGAGAGAAAGCUGCUCAUCUGUGAUAACUAUUGGCCUCUUCUCACUCUGAAAGCAGCAGGAGAUAUUAACUUUGUAUUCCCUUUGGAGAUUCAUUUUGAAUGAAGGUUUUUCCUUCUGUUCCAUUUCUGGCUCUUCCAAGUCCUCACACAAGAGAAUGAAGUCACAAUGCAUGUAUUACCUUUUAAAAGAAUGAGAUACAGGUAUUUAUGCUUACUUUGUUUUUACUACUUGUUUUAUUCCUUACAGAAGGUGUGUCUCAACACUCUACAACAUCAUUUUCUCUUUAGGUAGAAUGAUGUCUAUAAGAUCUUUCGUUAUUAUAGAAUCAUAAAUUUUUCAAGCUGGAAUAAAUCUUUGAUAUAAUCUAAUCUAAUGUUCUCAUUUGUUAGAGGAGGAACCUACAUACUAGAGAAAGGAGAAAAUAUACCCAUGGCCACACAGCCAGUUAACAUUCAGUUGGUAUUAGACUCCAUCCAUAUGUCUUGACUCAUGGUAGUUAAAUGAUAUAUAAGGCAAAUUUUUAAAGAAGUAUUUAUUAAUAUAUUCGUAUAAAACAUUGUAAAGGUAACCACAUAAAAUGGUUAUUUUUUCCAUUCUGAAGUAAAUGCUAAGCAUGCUUAUUAAUGAAGCUAAUUAGUAUAUGACAUUCUAAAGUUAAUUAAAAUUGUUACUCUAAAUGUGUCUUCCUUGGUGUAUUGUGGGGGAUUUGGUUAUUGGGAUGUAGAGUAGAGUGCUUGCUUAAACCUGGGAGCCCAUCUUACAGCUAUUUGAUGUAAGAAAAGAAACAUGGCCAUAUCUAAACUAAGAUAUGUAAGGUGUCUAUUCCUAGCAGAUGUAAAGGAAAACUUUCUGACUUCCACCUUCCCAACCCUACCCAGCCUCACCUGUCCAUCUUCCAGACUAAAAUUUGGAGAUAUGUUAGUGCAAGGUGCUGGGCUCUAGGUAAUCAUUUCAAACAUCCCUCACAGAGAGAAAAAGUAGUGUUUGUAUGUUUGUUUUUAAAUAACCCAAAUACAAAUUUAUGUUGUGUUCAGCAAAAUUGGAGUUCAGGUCUUUAAUUUUAGAACAUAAAGUGCCUGCUGUUUUAAGCAUUGACUUGUAUAAAAAGAAUUGCAUGUCUCACUCCAGUAAGUUUAUGGGUUUUCUCAUUUUAAGCUACAUGGCUUUUAAUCAUGUAAAGUGAAACAUUAGUUUUGUUGCAUUUUAUUAUAGGUUCUUUGUUUGCAAUAAAGACGCUGCUGUAAUUAAUUGA